AUGCGGACAAUCGUCUCGAGGUAUACCUUUUUGACACCACCAGCCCUGCACCAUCAACAAGUACGCGGGCGGCACACGAAGCAAACUGGCACGAGCCACAUCCGGUGUACACAUACGCCAAACACGAGCACCAACGCUGUUUUCUACACCCGCCGCGAGCUCUGCACCGCGCUACUGCUGCUGCUCUCAAUCGACGGCGGACGCGGCACAAACGCACGCGCGGAAACGCUGCCCCGCACCGCAAACGAUAGCCUGGUCUGCUAUCGUGACGACAGCAUACAGUUCUGGCGCCCGAAAGACUGGACAGAGGACCGUCUGCGCCGACAGCAAGCCGUGCGGAACACGUUGCUACGGAGGGAGGCCAUCACGACAACCGCGAAAGGACACCCAAACCAGGGUAUGUUGGUCUUGGCAGCGUUCCAGUCCCCGUUGUUUCCAGAGUCUGAUCAUCUCUCAGUUAUAUCCGCCGGGUUGGAUUCGGGGGCCGGCCUGGAAAGCGCCGAUAUCCUCGCGAACAAGUUCGUGAACACGCUGCGCAGCCGACCCGCUGUCGCCUCGGCUCGCGUACGGUCUGCUCGCAAUACCCGGCACGUCGAUCAACGCGUCUACGCUGACUUUGAAAUUGAAGUUUUCGGACGCAUGGGCUGGCACCGGCAAAAUGCAUGUUCGGUCAUCGUUCACGAAAACCGGUUGUAUACGUUUACGCUUCAAUCCCGGGCCGAGGCAUGGCAUGCCGCCCGAUUUCUAGCCUGUCGCGACUCGUUCCUGGCCGGUGUCGAUCCAUCAAUCCCCCUAUGCCCUGUUUAA